CGUCAAAAUGGCAGCCAUUUCUACGCCUCCUAUUGGUUCACACGAUCCAGCCCUCCCUCACAAUACUGCGUCGUGAUGUUUCCUUAUGUCGUUUGACGCUGUUUUGCGCGGGGUUUGAUAGUAAAUAAAGUUAUUUCUCCCCCAAAUUGCACAAAUCAGUUAGUAGUGAAUAAUUAUCUGAGAAGAAGUUCCCCUAAAUCGAUAAUCGACUGUCUCUGAAGUUGCUGAAGCACCUCCUGAGAAUCAAGCUGGUGAGUUCUUCCCACAUUCUCAACAGAUUGACGACUGGUGAAUCUCCAAACAGAAACGAAGACUAAAUAAAUAGUCCAUCACGAUGUCUCGUUCAACGAGACUUCGUUCACGAUACAGAAUCGCGGAGCCACCCCCGGAGGCUGAAAAUCCUUCAUCAAAAUCACGAAAAGGUAAUCAAAAAAUCAACAAAGACGUGCUAUUGGAAUUACGAUCACCAGUUUUGCGGGACAGAACGAAUAUAACGGUCGAGUCAUCAAAAACUAUUAUUUCAAAAAAAGGUAUCGGCAAUAAGAGGGUUGGCGAUAAACCUGAAACGAGAAAAAAUACAAGAGGGACAAGGACAAAGUCAACAUCAACACCAGAUGCCCAGAGCAGCAAGAAGACAAUUGUGAAGAAAUCAGCAAAGCCAUCACCAGGAGUAAAAAAACAUAUCCCCCCAGUGCCUUCGAGAUCGAGUAAAAAUCUUGGGGUCCAAGUGACUGAGAAAGAGCCCGAUAAUGAAAAAUCGAAGAUCCCCACAACAAUACGACGAACCGUGUCCAAGGAUCCUCCCAAGAGUAUCAAACCGUUAAAUAGACGAGAAUCCCCCAGGACCACAAAAUUACCUUUAAGAACUCGAUCAAAAGGUCCAGUAGAUUCUGGAGACCUUCCCAAGACGAAAUUGAAGACCAGUGCUGCACCAAAAUCCCCAUCCAAGCUUUCAGAACCAGAGAAAAUCGAGAGGAAGUCAAAACGUCUGACGAAAUCAAGUACUAAGUCUCCCCAGAAGUCAGGAAAAAUCGAGAGGAAAUCAAAACGUCUAACGAAAUCAAGUAUUAAAUCACCCCAGAAAUCAGAAAAAAAGUUUUUCAAGCAUAAAAGAAAUAUCGGAUCCCAUUCCAAAGUCUCCCCCAUGAAACGAGGGCUCAGACAAGGCCUCCUGAGGCCCACAAGGCCGUUACGCAAGAAGACAUCUCCUUUACCGGUUCGUCAGCUCACUUUAUCUGAAUCUUUUGCAAAAAUGAAAAAGACGUUGCGACCGAGGCGAACAGGCAAGGAUUAUAAUGAGGAGACAGUCAUCGAGAGUAAAAAACCAACUCCUGGAGGUGAUGAUCAUCCAAAGACGCCAGUCUACAAAACCUUAAAUACCGUGGAGAAACCGAAGGACAAGGAGAAAGUCUAUGAAUUUAGUUUCGAUGCCAAUGACUCCAAUGAACGUCUCCAGAAGAAGAGGAAGAAAAGGACUGUACGGAAGGAACCCGCCAAGAGGCCCAGGAAGGCAACUAAAGAAGUUGAUAAAAAUUCAGGCGUUCAACAUUCAGGUAAACAAAUUGUUGCGGGUGAAUCUGGUGACAACUCCAAAAAGACGACUGGAAAAAUUCCUGCAGCUAAAGAUGAUAUUGAAGAGGCUGUGGAGGCUGGUGAAGUCCUGAAGGAAACAUCCAAACCAUCCAGUGAUCAUCAGAAUACUACUGAUCAUAAUCAAAUCCCCGAAGAUGCCCCACCAUCUCCCUCCUCACUAUCUUCUCAAGGAAAUUCGCCAUUUGCCGACCACUUCGAGGUUUCAGCAGACGUUCACGUCCCUCCAGAUGCUCCAGUAUCUACCCCUGGACUCUCAAAAAUUCCCACUUCUACUCCACAAACUCCAGUCAUCCACUCUAUAAAACCCAAGAUGAUCUCCAACGAAAAGCUCGAGGGAGAGAGAAGAAUCACCCUGUCUUCAACUCCACUUCAUCCACCCUCGGAUUCCAUGGGUCCAACCAGUGCCUUCACCAAUCGUCCUUGCACUCAGUUUAAAACAAUGCUGAAUCACUCGUUGAUCAGACGAUCAUUCUCUCCAAUUGUUAAACAAACUAGUGAAAAAGUCGAUACUAAUUUUGAUUCGAGUAGUCCUUGGAGGCCCAUUUCCUUGAGUACAUUCUCGAGAGUGAAGAAUGUUUUUCAGAGCACACCUCAAGGAAAAAAAGUCCUCACACCUCACGGUAUCAAUUCCUUGAUGACUGAACACAAAAGAUCAUUGGGGAAAAUCAACAGAAUUGUAGAGGAGAAUGAUUCAUCGGUUGUUGAGAGCCCGAAAAAGUCACCUAGAAAAUUCGGAACUGUUUUGGGGAAUAUUUCGAGUCCUGGAAGUGCCAGCCCCAGGAUGUCCGAUGGAAGUUCUGUGCAAGAUAAGGAAAAUCAGAUGAGCCCAAGGAAGAGCCCCAGCAAGAGGGUGAGGGCACCCUUGGGGAGUUCUUCGAGACCUUUGGAGAAGGACAAGAGGACCGAAGGACCUCCUGGGGGGCUAAAGGAGCAGGAGAUCCAGAGAGACGAGAGGAUUUUGAGGCAGUCGAAUCUCCAUAACUUCCUGGGAAUUCCUGAGAUGCCCUCGAGCACCGGCAUCAAUACUGCUCAUGGAAUCUUUGAUGAUGGGGAUGGCAUCGUUCCUGGGAAGAGUAUCAAGGCUUCUGAGCAGCAUUUCAGCAUUGGGAAUGCGUUUGGAUUCGAGGAAGACAGCCACGCAGGACAGAAUGAGUCCUCGAGGACUUCUUCAGGGACUGAUGGUGCUGAGGAGAUCCAGAAAAAUGUUAAUUUUGAUGAGAAGAUUCAGAAGGAUAAAGCCAAGGAACAGGUUCGGAGGAAGAUCGAUGUGGAGAAUGUUCAGAAGAAAAUCCUGGAGAAGAGGCCUAUGAGAUUGCCUACUAGGCCAGUGCAGAAGGCCAUUGUUGAUGAUGUUAGUAAGGAAAAGAAAGAGGAGAAGGGAAAGGCUGAUGUGAGCAGUGGAGAUGUUAGUGAGGAUGAGGAUACAAGGAGUGCUGCUAGCAUUAAGAGUCACGAAGCCACGAAACAGGACGUGGUGGAGGCAGGACAAUUCUUGGAUACCUUCGACGCUGACGAGAGGAAUGCCAGUCCUCUAGAAGUACCUCUAUUCGUUGAUCCUGAACCCGUACACUUCAAACAGCCUCCGAGAUAUUCCUACACUAAACGAAAAAGAGAUAUUCACCACAACACCUCCGACGAAACUGAUGAUGUUCAUUCUGAGGAUGAGGACGAAAUUCUUCCAAAACGUAAAAUAAAAAAACGUAAAACAAAAGCUGAAAAAGAACAACGGAAGCAACUUGACGAAUGGGCAAAAAGUGUCAAUCAAACGUUCGAUGAAAUUGAGCACUUUGAUCUUCUCGUGGAAUGAGCAAAAAAGUUUUUAUUCUCAGUACUAUAAAUUAUUUCGUAUUUCAAAGGUCAGAAUCUCUUUUAUCGAUACGACGGAACCACUUCCAGGCUGUUGUGGACAUUCGCCACUUCACGUGUACAUAUCAGUAGUUAAAACACCGACGUACUGUAAGCUUUAUGUUAUGGGGAACAAACGAAGAUUUGGACUGGGGUAAAAAGAGUUUUGUAUGACCUAAAACAUUUUUUUUUUUGGCAAUAUUGACAUUUCUUAGAUUUAUGAGAACUUGAAUUCUUCUAUUAGAUUAUAUUAUUAUUCUUGUAUUAUUCUCUUGUGUGUGGCUUCGGUGCAGUUAUUUUGUAUAAAUAUGAUGAAAUAUAUAUAAAAAAAGGAUAUUGUUACGGUUUUGUUUCGAUAAAUAGGAAGAGAAAGAAAAAAUCCACUACUUUUUCAUCACUCGACAAUUGCAAAAAUGAGCACUUUCGACAAAGAAAAAUCACCACUUCUGACAUCGCGAGUCAUAAAAACUGAGUUUAUCUUGACAUGUUAGUCAUAUUUAAUUUUAUUUUGCUUUCUCCACUGAUAAGGCGUCGUAUCCGCUGGAAAAAUUAAUGCAACAUUCAAUAGUCCAUCGAGAAGACGCAUUUUGAAUUCGUGAUUCAUUUCGAAAUGUUCAUCGGUUUGUGGUACGAGGUCCAUUGUUGUGGUCUUGUAUUUAACAUACAAUGGAGAUAAAAAUACUCAGCAAUUUUUACAAAUCGUGAAUAAAUACGGUAUGUCAUGAAAAAAAUCACACAUGAGGAACAAGAUUUUUUUUAUUUCACUUUUAAAAGCUGGGAGGCUUUUCCUGUGCCCCAUGAUGCGUUUGAUCCUCUGAAGACAACAAUAGUCACCAUACCUUCCUUAGUUUAGGAGAUGUUUCGCGAAAAGCGUUUAUAAACAAAUAGCGAUUUCUCGAAAACCGUUUGAGCGAUUGAGCUGAAUCUGGAUCCAGAGUUAACGUCAACUCCUACCUACCAUCUCCCAAAAUUUCGAUUUUUAAAAAUUGUUUUUACCCACCUAUAUCUUUUUUCAACUAAAAAAAUUACCCCAAUUCUCCAUCACUUCCAAGCAAAAUAAGAUUCGUCUUUUCAAUCGGGAUUAGACGAUUGCAAUGCUUUCCAUUCGGAAGUAAAAUACCCUUCAAGAACUGAUAGAGAAUCCCCAAAAGGAAAUACCGACAUGACCCAACUGAGAAUGCGGUAAUAUAGUUUCAUGUCGUUAAUCCGUGAAAAGAAUAAAUAAUAGUCGUCACAAUGGAUUUCAAUAAAAUAGAACCGGAUUGUAUAUAGAUUUUUUCCCCUUUGUCUCGAGUCGUGUGUGGUCAGCCGUGUCGCACGUGCGUGUUAUAACUUACUAUCUUUCUCUAAAAGGGUUGACUCAUAAUUCGAGUUGAAUAUAACGAGUGAAUUCACUCAGCUGUUCAGUGUACGAUUUUGUAACUAUCGCUUGAAUUCGUAUUUUUUCAUUCUUUCCUUUUUACCCGAUUCGCGGGAAACUGCGCACUGGAAAUUUGAAACCAGUUGUACCCGUUAUCAUUUCAUUGUUCUCGAUUAUUGUCGAGUCACUGCGGUUCGACGCAGGCUCGACUUUAUCAAGUUUUUUUUAUAUUGAAUCGAAAGGCGAACGAAUGAUUUGUAAGAAAUUGGAUGGAAAAAUAUUCACUUUUAACGAAAUGCAGAUGGUAAUUUUUCGACGCACUGGGCGUAAAGUGGUAUUUUACCCACGCCACGCAUGUGCAAAACUCUUUUCACACAUUGUGUUGAAAAAUAACGUUCGAUAAUCACGGGAAAAGGGGGUUUAUGAUCUCCUGAUACGAGGGGAAGCAUCACCAACAGUGGGCCGACACUCAACCAAUGCUGGCCAACCGUUGGCUCACUGUUGGCAAUUCUUAUUUUAUCAAAAUUAUGUAUAAAACUAAUCAAAAUGUAUAUAAAAGGGGAAAAUGUGGCAUAAUUGCAGUGUAAAUAACCCCCAUUAUGGAUUCCAGUCCUAUAAAUA